AUGUCCUUCCCUUCACACAACACGCAUCCUUCUGCUGCAGCCCAAAGCAACAUCUCGAUUGAUUUCAACGAUCCUCCAAUCGGACUCGAACAAUCAUGGCUUGAAGACUCUAAAGAAUGCUUUGAAGCACAUACACUUCUCAAAUCCCUCAUCAUUGAUCAAAUUAAUCAAAUUCCAGUGGCCAACUUUAAUCUGGUUCUUCAACAAUGCAGAAAUCGAGCAAGUCAACGAGUGAGCAUGCAUGCCAACCGUGAGAUUGAAAUACUCAAGCAAGACAUUGAGAAACUCGUUCAGGAAAAUCAACGCAUCAACAAAAUGUUACUCCACGAAAUGAAACUUCGCCAGCAAUACUACAAUGAAUUGCAAUUAUUGAAAGGAGCCAUCAGAAUAUUUGUUCGGGUGAGACCAUUAUUGCAACACGAGGUUCAACAAGGAGAUUUUUCAGUGGUACGCUUCUCAAAGAAUUCUCAACAAUUACUCUUCUUUCCCAAAGUACCAAGUCAAGAGAUGGCACCUCCAGAAUCUGAAAAGAUUACCAAACAAAACUAUAGACAAUUCCAAUUCGAUCGAAUUAUUGGUCCAAAUAUUCAUCAAAGACAACUUUACGAUGAAGAAAUUUCACCAUUGACAAAAUCUGUUUUGGAUGGCUACAAUGUAUCAAUUUUUGCAUAUGGACAAACUGGUACAGGAAAGACAUUCACCAUGCAAGGAAGUGGUGAAGAAAUCGGAAUUCAACAAUACAUUCUUCAAGACUUGUACCAUCAAAAGCAAAAAGACCAAUCCCUAUGUGAAAUGUCCAUUGCUUUGAGCUGUCUUGAGAUUUACAAUGAAACUUGUAUUGAUUUGUUACGGUCCAGCGACAACAAAUUGGAUCUCAAAAUGGAUCCUCAAACCAAGAAGAUUAUUGCUCAAGGUCUUCGUGAAGUAGUUUGCAAUGAUGUGCAAGAAGCCAUUCAAUGCCUCGUAUUCGCACAAAAGAACCGAGCAGUAGCAUCCACUCUUCAAAAUCAUCGAAGUUCUCGAUCUCAUCUCAUUGUUCAAAUUGGAAUUACAAAAACAUUUUAUCAAAGCGAAACGACUCUCAUGCAGGAAGAUGAGGAUGACUCGAAUCAACCCAUUAAUGGCAUGACGAACAAUAACAACACAAUUACUUCCACCAUGUAUUUGAUUGAUUUGGCCGGUAGUGAGAAGAUCAAUACCAGUUCAGCCUCAAAUCCCAUAACCGAUAGUGAAACGAAACAUAUUAACAAAUCCUUGUCGGCUUUGGGUAAUGUGAUGGAGAGUCUCCGUAAUCGGAGUGCCAAACCCAAUAUGAAUGGACAAGCUCAACAUGUACCCUACAGAGAUACCAAGCUUACCUAUUUCAUGUCGAAUGUAUUCAGGGAUAAGCAUGCCAUUGUGUGUAUGAUUCCUCAUAUUGCUCCGAGCCAGAUGUGUUUCAAUGAGUCAUUAAGGACGCUUCAAUUUGCAGAGAGAAUGAGCGGAAUUGCAUUGACCGUGAAUCAGUAA